AUGACGACCACGCCGGAGCAAUUGGGCGCUGAGCCCGAGCCGGCCGACGGCGGAGUAAGCCUGGCUGAACUCCCAAAGUCGUGGCGAUUCACCGAGCGACUUCCAGCCGACCUGGCGUUCCCGACCCCGGCCGACUCGCACAAGACGCCACGCUCCGAGAUCGGGCCGCGCAUGGUCCGUGGCGCCCUCUACACGUGGGUCCGCCCCGAACCCCAGGAGGACCCGGAGCUGUUGGCCGUCUCUCCCGCGGCGAUGCGGACCCUCGGCCUGCGCGCCUCCGAGGCCUCCACCGAGGACUUCCGCCAGACCGUGGUAGGCAACCGCCUCCACGGCUGGGACGACGGCGACGGCGCCCAGCCCCAAGGCUACCCCUGGGCCCAGUGCUACGGCGGCUUCCAGUUCGGCUCCUGGGCCGGCCAGCUGGGUGACGGCCGGGUCAUCAGCCUCUUCGAGGCCACCAACCCGCGCACGGGCGAGCGCCACGAGGUGCAGCUCAAGGGCGCCGGACUGACCCCAUAUAGUCGCUUCGCCGACGGCAAGGCCGUGCUGCGCAGCAGCAUCCGCGAGCUCGCCGCCAGCGAGGCCCUGCACGGCCUCGGCAUCCCCACGACCCGCGCGCUUGCCCUGAGCCUGCUGCCGCACCAGCGCGCGCGCAGGGAGACGGUGGAGCCCGCCGCCAUCGUCGUGCGCUUCGCCCAGAGCUGGAUCCGCCUCGGCACCUUUGACCUCCUGCGCGCGCGCGGCGACCGCGCUCUGAUCCGCCGCCUGGCCACCUACGUCGCAGAGGAAGUCCUCGGCGGCUGGGGCGCCCUCCCCGGACGCCUGACGGACCCGAGCAAAGCGGGAGAGCAGCCCGAGUCCACGUCGGCCCCGUGCAGGGGCGUCCCGGCCGCCGAGGUCGAGGGGCCGGACGGCACGGCCGAGAACAGGUUCUCGCGCAUGUACCGCGAGGUGGUCCGGCGGAACGCCGAGACGGUGGCCUACUGGCAGGCCUACGGCUUCAUGAACGGUGUGCUCAACACGGACAACACGUCCAUCAUGGGCCUCUCCAUGGACUUUGGCCCCUUUGCCUUCCUCGACAACUUCGAUCCCAGCUACACGCCCAACCACGACGACGCUUCCCUCAGGUACAGCUACAGGAACCAGCCCACCAUCGUGUGGUGGUCGCUCGUCCGGCUCGGCGAGGCGCUGGGGGAGCUCAUCGGGGCGGGCGCGCUCGUGGACGACCCGACCUUUGAGAAGGACGGGGUCAAGGACGAGGCCGCGGCGGAGCCUCUCGUGGCCCGCGCGGAGAAGAUCAUCGGCCAGAUCGGCGAGGAGUACAGGGCGGUGUUCCUCGCAAAGUACAAGCGCCUGAUGGCCGCCCGCCUGGGGCUUCGCUCGUACAAAGAGUCUGACUUUGAUGGGCUGUUCUCCCCCUUGCUCGACACCCUGGAGGCACUCGAGCUCGACUUCAACCUCUUCUUCCGUCGCCUGAGUUCCGUCCCCGUGGCCGAGCUGGCCACCGAGGAUGCCGCGCGAGAAAAGGCCGGCUUGUUCUUCUACAGCGAAGGCGUCACCGGCGUCGGCGGCGAGGAGGAAGGCCGAAAGCGACUCGGCAGCUGGCUUUGUAGCUGGCGGGACCGCAUCAGCGAUGACUGGGCCAAUAUCAAGGACGGCGUCUCCGGGCCCGUGGCCGGUCUGUCCGGAUUCCGAGAUGUGGAGAGGCAGGAGGCUAUGAGGAUGGUGAAUCCCAACUUUGUUGCCCGCGGAUGGGUGCUCGACGAGGUGAUUCGGCGUGUCGAGAAGGAUGGCGAGCGGGACGUUCUAAGGAGGCUCCUUCACAUGACAGCCUACCCGUUUGCGUCCAGCUGGCAUGGACGGACUUUCGAUGGGAAGGUGUACCAGGGUGACGCGGAAGAGGAGAGGCGGUGGACGGAAAACGUCCCCAGGACGAAGAGGGCAAUGCAAUGUAGCUGCAGCUCAUAA